AUGGGGCAAAAUCAAACAAAUGACACAGAGUACUUCAUUAAAAAGGACAACAAGAUAUGUAGUACAUUUGAUACUUUGAGGAGAUUUUUUCCUGAUAAAUUGAAGAGUUCUGGAGAAUAUAAUUUUAAAGGCACACAUUACAAAGAUUAUUUUCAUAAUAAAUCAAUAUAUACCGAUAUCGAUAAAAUUAAUGGUUAUUGCUUAUGGUUAUUCAAUAAUAUUUUAAAAAAAAUAUAUACUUGUGAGUCUAAAGAAAGUUGUAUUACCCUGGUUGUUGUAUACAUGUUGGCGUGGUUAAGUUAUAAGUUAAAUCAAAAAACAAACAAUGGAAUCACUAAAUUAAACGAGUUUUAUAGUAAGUAUAUGGAAAAUGUCGAUGAGUAUAAAAAAACUAUAGAUGGCGUUACAGAAUAUAAAAAUUAUAUUGAGUUUAUAAAUAAAAAUAAUAAAUUGAUGGAUAUUGAUAUUAAUGUUAUGUCUAAAUUUUAUAAUUUAUUUAAUAAUUUAUGUAAAAUGUAUAAUGAGCUUUCAUUGACGAUGAAUAAUAAAGGUGAAGAAUAUUUAAAAUAUGUUGAGAAUUUUUAUAAAAAUUAUAAUGAUCUUAUUAAUGAAAAUUUUAAUGAUACAAACAGUAAAAUUUUUAAACGAGUAUUAUCUGUUGUAUCAAAUGAUUAUGAUCAUAUAAAAAGAACAUUAGAAGUUGAAUUUGUAAGGAAACAAAUUCCAGAACUUCCAAAGGAAAAAACAACACAAGUUUCUACAAUUCCUAAAGAAUCAGAAAUGCAUGAAUCCUUGAGUGAAAUACCAGAAUCAAGUUCUGGAACUGAAAUAUCAACUUCCGAUACUGAAUUACAAAAUUAUGAAACUGAUAAAUUAAAUUCUGAAACGGCACUAUCGAGUUCAUUGAUAAUAAACAAACUGAUUCCAAUUCCAUUUAUAUUUAUUGUAAUAUUAAUUCUAUUAGGAAUUGCACGCAAGUAUUCGUUGUUUGGAUUUCGGAAACGAGCUCAAAAACAUUUAAGAGAAAAGCUAAAAAAGUAA